CGCCAGCCGCCCAAGUCGCCUGCCACUCACGCAGCCAUGCGCCCUCACGCCACACGAGCCACGCUGCUGCUGCCCCUGCUGCUGCUGCAGCUGCAGGGGCAGCGGGGAGCGUGGGCGCAGAGCUGCGACGGCGGCGUCCCCGAGGACCGCCGCGAGGACUGCCACCCGGAGCCGGGCGCCAGCCCCGAGUCGUGCGCCGCGCGCGGCUGCCGCUGGUGCCCGGCGAGCGCCGCCGCGCCGAGCGCCCCGUGGUGCUUCCGCAGCGACUCGGCGGGAGCCGCCGGCUGCGGCGCCGUGUCCGACGCCGCCAAGAGCGACUGCCACCCCGAGGAAGGAGCCGCGGAGGGCUCCUGCCUCGCCCGCGGCUGCUGCUGGGCGGUGGUGGCCGCCCCGGGGGUGCCGUGGUGCUUCCACGCGCCCGGCGACACCUGCGGCAGCGACCAGCUGGUGGAGGACGCGGAGCGCGUGGACUGCCACCCCGAGAAGGGCGCCACGGAGGCCGCGUGCCGCGCCCGCGGCUGCCGCUGGUGCCCGGCGAGCGCCGCCGGCGCCCCGUGGUGCUUCAUCCCCAGGGACGGUUCCUACGGCUACGCCAUGCGGGGGGCCCCGCAGAAGACGGCCAAGGGCUGGAGGGUGGACCUGCAGAAGCUGCACAGCAGCAGCCUGUUCGGGGCCGACGUGGAGAUCAUUGCGCUCGAGGCCGAGUUCCACACGGCGGACCGCCUGCGCAUCAAGGUGUUUGACCCCAGCCAGGCUCGCUUCGAGGUGCCGCUGCAGGUGCCGUCGCCCGACACGGCGGCCGCGGGGCCGCAGUACGAGGUGCGCUUCGAGAGCGCGCCCUUCUUCCACUUCAAGGUGCUGCGCAGGAGCAGCGGGGAGGCCCUGUGGGACACCUCCCUGGGGGGCCUCACCUUCUCGCAGCAGUUCCUGCAGCUCGCCACGCGCCUCGGGGCGGGCUCCUCCGUCUACGGCUUCGGCGAGCACGAGCACCCCGCCUACCGCCACCACGACCACUUCGUCAGCCACGGGAUGUACGCACGCGACCAGUCGCCCACGCCCGCAGGCAACCUGUACGGGGUGCACAACUUCUACCUGGGCGUGGGCUCCGACUUCACGGCCCACGGGGUGCUGCUGCUCAACUCCAACGCGCAGGAUGUGACGCUGGCGCCGGGUCCGGCCCUCACGUACCGCACCAUCGGCGGAGUCCUCGACUUCUACUUCUUCCUGGGACCCACGCCCGAGAGCGUCGUGCAGCAGUACACCGAGGCGGUGGGCCGCCCGUUCCUGCCGCCCUACUGGUCGCUGGGCUUCCAGCUGUCGCGCUGGGGCUACGGCAGCCUGGGGGCCGUCAAGGCCGCCGUGGACAGACUCAGCCAGCACGACAUCCCGCACGACGUGCAGUACGGCGACAUCGACUACAUGGAUCGCCAGCUCGACUUCACGUACGACACCGCCAGCUACGCGGGACUGCCCCAGUACGUGCAGUCACUGCGCGACGCCGGCAUGCACUACGUCAUCAUCCUGGACCCGUGCAUCACCAAGGAUGAGCCGCCCGGCUCCUACCGGCCCUACGAGCUGGGCCAGCAGAUGGACAUCUGGAUCAAGAACUCGGACGGAUCGCCGGCCGUGGGCAAGGUGUGGCCUCCGGGGGGCUCGGUGUUCCCCGACUUCACGAACCCCGCCACCGCCUCCUGGUGGGUGCAGAUGUGCGUCGAGUUCAGCGACGUCAUCAAGUACGACGGCAUCUGGAUCGACAUGAACGAGCCGGCCAACUUCGGCACGGGACAGGAGCCGGGCUGCGCCAACAACCUCCUCAACAAGCCGCCAUACCACCCGCGGAUUUCUGGCGACGACCUGGCCGAGAAGACGCUGUGCCCGGACGCGCGCACGCACCUGGGCCUUCACUACGACACCCACUCGCUGUUCGGCUGGGCGCAGCACGAGCCCUCCUUCCACGCCUCCCAGAAUGCAACGGGCAAGCGCGCCUUCGUGCUGAGCCGCUCCACGUUCGUGGGCAGCGGCCGCUGGGCGGGCCACUGGCUGGGGGACAACUUCUCGCUCUGGAGGGACAUGCACAUGUCCAUCAUCGGCAUGCUCGAGUUCAACAUCUUCGGCAUUCCCUACAUCGGCGCUGACAUCUGCGGCUUCAUCUACGACACGAGCUACGAGCUGUGCCUGCGCUGGAUGCAGCUGGGCGCCUUCUACCCCUUCUCGCGCAACCACAACGGCCUCGGAUACAAGGAUCAAGACCCCGGCGUGUUCGGGCCGGAGUUUGCCGAGGCGGCGCGCUCGGCGCUGCUGGUGCGCUACACGCUGCUGCCCUUCCUCUACUCGCUCUUCCACGAGGCACACACGCGCGGGGGCACCGUCGUGCGGCCCCUGCUGCACGAGUUCGUCACGGACGUGCAGACUCACGGCGUCGACCGCGCGUUCCUCUGGGGCCCGGCGCUGAUGGUGGCGCCCGUGCUGGCGGAGGGCGCCACCACGGUCGACGUUUACUUCCCGGACGCGCGCUGGUACAGCUACUACACGGGCGAGGAGGUGCCGGCGUCGUGGCGCCGCUCGUCGGCCCGCGUGGCGGCGCCCCUCGAGCUCAUCCCCCUCUUCCUGCGGGGGGGCUUCGUCGUGCCCACCCAGCAGCCCGCCAGGACCACCACGCACAGCCGCGUGAACCCGAUGGGGCUGAUCGUGUCUCUGGACGAGAACCUGGAGGCGCGCGGAUCCCUCUUCUGGGACGACGGCGACUCCAUCGGGACCGUCGAGAGCGGGAACUACUUCCUCGCCAGCUUCGUCUUCACGGGCAAGCGCCUGACGAGCAGGGUGGAGCGUGCCGGCUACGCGGCGGGCCUGGCCUUCCAGACGGUGCGCGUGCUGGGCCUGCGCUCGCCGCCGGGCGGCGUCACCGUCGACGGGAGCCCCCUGCCCUCCUCCGACGUCGCCUUCCACCCCAGCGGGGAACUCACUCUGAAGAUCUCCGUGCCCAUCACCACGCCGCUGAACAUCGCCAUCAACUGAGGCCGCCCCCAAAUGGCUGGCUGUCCUCUUCCUAACCCCCCCUCUCCGCCCCCCACCCUCUCUCCGCCCCCCCCUCUCUCCGCCCCCCCUCUCUCCGCCGUGCCCUCGUGGCACGACCUGCUGUAUCGCCGC